CCUGCCUUACGUGAAUACAGAGUGCUUAUCUGGAUUGCGCAAUAUCCGUACGCGGUGCAGUCUGGGGUUCUGCUGCACAACACAGGGCUGGCGCAACUGGCUAGCUAGCUGACCACUUGAAAUGGACGUGUUCUUAAUGAUCCGGCGUCACAAGACCACAAUCUUCACAGAUGCCAAGGAGUCCACCACUGUCUAUGAGCUGAAGCGCAUUGUUGAAGGAAUUCUUAAGAGAACGCCUGAAGACCAGAGGCUCUACAAAGAUGACCAGUUGCUAGAGGACAGCAAAACUCUUGGUGACUGUGGUUUCACCAACCAGACUGCCAGACCUCAAGCCCCAGCUACAGUUGGUCUGGCCUUCCGCAUUAAUGAUGAGAUGUUCGAACAGCUGCACAUCGAGGCCUUCUCCAGCCCCCCAGAACUCCCUGAUGUGAUGAAACCUCAGGACUCUGGUAGCACUGCCAACGAACAGGCUGUGCAGUGAUGACAGGGAGAGGAAACGAGCAAUGGAGAGAAGGGUGGAAGUGGGUGUGUGUGUGUGGAUUAACUGCAGUGGAGAAGUAGCUGGGUGGAGGAUAUGUAAUGUAAUUUCAAUUGAUGGAUUGGGACGUUGUAGGUAACCAAGCCUAUCCAUGUUACCUUCAUGCUAUCAUCCCAGCAUCCCCCCUGGUCUGCUUCACAAAUCACCUUUUUUUUUUUUUUUUUAACCCAUCAUGAUUCCCACAUCACAUGCAGUCCUGCUCCUUGACUUUGCUCGUAAGCACCAACUGGCUCAAACCUUGUGUGUGAAGAAGUUGGUUUGGAAAGUAUGAUUGUGUGUGCGCAUGUGUGAGUUAUUAUAAUUAUUAUCAUUAAUAUUUUGGAAAAGGUGAAAAAAUAGUUGUUUGUCUCAUUGCUCUAGAAGUAACAUGCUUUGGGAAGGAGUCCGGUGUCUCAAUCGGCAAACUGCAUGAACAUGUUCAAAACAAAGACUUUAUUUUCACAGAAGCAGAUAAUCCCUCACCUGAUAAAUUUCCUUGGUCUGAUUCUCCCAGUUUUGUUGUACAUUUCUGAUUUGAUUUCAUACCAGGAAAGAAAGUCUUCAUAAUAAUGAUCUUAAGCUUUUGUUUAGCUCUUGUCAUUUUUUUUUCAGUAUGUUUCACAUGUCAGUUCUUUGUUUCAUGCACUGAGACCAGAGGCAGGUACCUCUUUGACAAUAGAGGCAUGUUUUUGGUCAAAGGACAUUCUGCCUGUGGCAUACAGUAAACACAGGAGGAGGAUUUUCUUGUGGUAAAACUUAUGUUUUGAAAAUGCAUACAUCACCACGUCACCAACAUCAAUGUGGCAACUUCCCCUUAUCACACAAACAUAGCCUGUAACUGUGAGCUUGCUUGAUUAAAAGUUUUUCCUGUUUUGUUUUUUACA